AUGCUUCGGACUGCUUUUACCUCGUGCAGACUGCUUUCGCUGUCUGCUUUGCUUCGAAAUGCUGCCCCUGCAGUGUCCACUGCUUCGAAAGGUCUUCCUGAUUUGACCUACCUCAAAUUCGACUCCAACGCCUCCAAAGACCUUUAUGCCGUUUGCAAAAUCCACAAUAUCCCAUACAUGGUUACCAAGGGCGACAAGUUGAUCUUGCCAUACAAGAUAAGGAACCAGGAGGUUGGCGACGUCUUCAAGUUGGACAACGUCAUCACUCUCGGUUCUAGAAACUUCACUUACAACGACAACGAUGGUAUUCCUCAAGAAGCAUACGAGUUGACAGCUACGUUGGCUGAAAUAACCAAGGAACCAAAAUACCAAGUCGUCAGAAAGAAGCAGAGAUGCAGAAGAAAGAAGACCACUGACGUUGAGCCUUUCCAGUCACAUUUGAUCAUCAACGAAUUGAAGUUGAAAUGA